GCAUAGCGCUUUUCAUUUUCGUCGAGUGACAAGUAGGAUUUUUUCUGUAAGAAAGAAGCUCUUCCUUUUCGGAUGGAAACGAACGUGGGUCACCAUUGAAAUUUCAUUGUGAUGUCUGCGUUGUGUAUUUUUAUAACGUCUUGUAUUGUGUUAGUGACGCAUGAUAGACGCCUAUUUGGCUUCAGAUCGAACUGCUUUGAAUACUGUUAAAAUCAUGUCGGGCCCUCGCCCUCAGAUUGCUAAUGGACCUCUCCAUCCAAGGCCAUUGAUUGCUUUGCUGGAUGGAAGAGAUUGCAGCGUGGAAAUGCCUAUUCUCAAGGACGUUGCUACGGUGGCUUUUUGUGACGCUCAAAGCACGAAUGAAAUUCAUGAGAAGGUAUUAAAUGAGGCAGUCGGUGCUAUGCUGUACCAUCAUAUUCAGUUGUCCAGAGAGGAUUUGAAGAAAUUUAAGACUUUACGCAUAAUCGUCCGCCUGGGUACCGGAGUCGAUAAUGUGGAUGUUAAAGCGGCCGGGGAAAUGGGCAUAGCUGUCUGCAAUGUCCCAGGCUAUGGAGUAGAAGAAGUGGCUGACAGUACACUCUGUCUAAUUUUGAAUUUGUAUCGAAGAACAUACUGGCUAGCCAAUUUAGUGAGGGAAGGUAAAAAAAUAGCGGGACCGGAAGCGCUAAGAGACGCCGCUCAAGGUAGCGCGAGAAUCCGUGGUGACACGCUGGGCAUUGUGGGUUUUGGACGAGUCGGUCAAGCGGUUGCUCUUCGCGCCAAAGCAUUUGGUUUUAACGUGAUCUUCUAUGACCCAUAUUUGCCUGAUGGAUGUGAGAAGAGCUUAGGCGUUACACGUGUCUACACACUCCAGGAUUUACUAUUUCAAUCCGAUUGCGUGACACUACAUUGUUCUUUGAAUGAGCAUAAUAACCAUUUGAUUAAUGAUUACACAAUUAAACAGAUGCGUCCUGGGGCAUUUCUUGUCAAUACUGCUCGGGGUGGACUUGUAGAUGAGCAGUCUCUUGCUGCUGCCUUGAAAGAUGGCCGAAUCAGAGCAGCGGCAUUAGAUGUUCACGAACAGGAGCCACUUAACUUAAGUUCAUCACCGCUCAAAGACUGUCCAAAUGUCUUAUGUACACCACACUCGGCUUUUUAUUCAGAUCAGAGUAUUACAGAAUUAAGAGAAAUGGCUGCAGGUGAAGUCCGAAGGGCCGUGGUAGGGAGAAUCCCUGAUUCACUGCGUAAUUGCGUCAACAAGGAAUACUAUGUCCCUAAUCCUUCUCAUGGUUUAAAUGCCGCUGCCGCUGCCGCGAUUAAACGAGGUCAUGAACCAUCAACAAUGAAUGGAGCCGCUGUGGCAUUUAGCGGCGGAUUCCAGCCGCACACGAGUGUGCAUUCGACCACCACCGAUCUUCAUUCGACCGUUGCAGCCUCAAUGGCUCCGAGCCCCGUAUUUUCGGCGAUGCACGCUGCCGCAACCGCCCAUAUAGCAGCUCAAGCUCAAGCUCAAGCUCAAGCUCAAGCAGCGGCAGUUCAACAACAGCAAAACGCAGCAGAUUCGAAUAACUUGCCCAAACCCCCCGCUCCUCAAACUCCAACUUCGUCCGAAUCUGAACACUAA